AUGCGCCCGCUUCGACUACUUCUCUCGCUAUCUACGAGCUUAGUAGCCGUCACGCUGCUCGUAUAUAUCGCCUUCGCGGCACCACAAGAUGAGGAGUUCGAAAGGACAUCCGUCUCUCCAGCUGAAGGCAACUUCAAGUCCUUCUUUUCCUUCACAUCGCCCGGCUCGCUGUUCCCGCCGUCGGCCAUUAUCAGCCUUACCGAUGACAACUCGACCUUCUUCCUCGCACGCCCUGCCGCCUUCGGGCCUGCUCUACCCAAUAAUGGCUUGAGUGGCCCACUGUGGAUUGGCAGUGGCUUUGGCGACGAUACAAUGGGCAAGGGCGAGCUGGGCUGUGGCGACGUCGCUGGGUGGCAUGACGGCAGCGAUGGUCUUCUCAGCACUGUCAAGCCCACUACUGACAUCAAGACUAAGACCAAAGGCACUUCACUAGAUAAGGACGUUGCGCCGAGUGAGGGAAUAUACCGAGACAAGAAGGUCGACACCUUGCAAGAAGCGGCCGUGAACGACGGCACCGACGACCAUUUGUGGCCCGACACCUUGAAGACAUACACACCACCAAACAUUGACCAUGCCGAUAUCCAGUCCAUACAAGAGAGCGCUGAAAUGGCGGGGAAAGUGGCGCUCCUCAAAAGAGGGGGCUGUGGGUUCUUGGCCAAAGUCCAGUGGGCACAGAGGCGUGGCGCGACCGCCGUCAUUGUAGGCGACGAUGUGCGCGGUGGAGCCUUGGUUCGCAUGUACGCUAAAGGGGAUACCUCCAACAUUACCAUUCCGUCCCUCUUCACAUCACAUACGACGGCGCAUUUGCUAUCUUCUCUUCUUCCAUCCGAGCGCCUGAUUGACGAGUCCAAGUUGGGUGACAAAGCCAAGGCGGGUCAUGCUGAGAGUGGGAAAGGCAUGGAUCAGGAAACUGGUAACAAGCAAAACAGCAAAGCCUGGUCCACAUUGACCAAAGGUAACCGAAAGUCCACACAACCCGCGAGUCGCGGAGGGCAAAACGAAUUAGCUUCGGCAAAGGAGACUGCUCCAAAAGAGACAGGAUGGCUACAUUCGUUCUUGUCUUCGAUAGGUUUCGGUGGCGGGGAGGACACGCUUCCAAAAGCAGGCAGCCGAAGAAUCCCCAACAGCGGUGAUCACGACUGGGUCCAAGUCGGAGACUGGGAUGACGACCAGGAACCCAUCAAAACUAAAUCUGCACUACCUAGCCCAGCCUCCACACUGGGGCUAGAUGCAUUCAUCAUUGGUGAACAGGAUUGGCGGGAUCCCGAUCUUUUACCUCUUCCAUCGUCGACAAAUGAACCCAGAAAAGCAACUAGCUCAAGUCCAGCAGUCGUCAAGAGAGGGGAUAAUGUGUUGCCCGGAAGUGGCGAGUACACUCGAACCACCGGGGCGGAUUUCAAGCACAGAACAUGGUGGAGCAGAUGGUCUGGUUCGGGUACAGAGACACCACCAAAAGCUAGGACAAAACCUGCAAAGAUAAGAAGCGUCACAUCCAUCACCAGCCCGGAUCUUAAAAAGGUUCAAACAACAUCCAUCGAGCCAGCUUCUCACCAAGGCCUCUGGGUGACUCUCACGCCUACGAAUGUGUCAACUAGUCCAUUUUUCGAUACUCUUCUCGUUCUUGUCGUCAGUCCGUUAGUCACUCUAACAGUCGUGUACGCCUUACUCCUUCUUCGAUCGCGUAUCAGACGCCGACGCUGGAGAGCACCCAAGUCUGUAGUAGAGCGUCUUCCUGUCAGAACCUACCAGACCAUCAGCGAGACUUCUUCAUCCGCAACUCCUCAUGCAUCUUCUCCUACAACGCCUCUACUACAGCACUCUCCAUCCCAGCCCACAUCAUCUGCACCACAAUCACGCUCCAGGUCUGAUUCGGAGACACCAGCUACUUCGUCCUCUGUUCAACAUGGGUCUCGGGGCCGCGAAGAAGAGAAGGGCGAAUCGGGAUUAGCGGCAUGGAGGCGUCGAUACGGUGGUCGGCAGAAAGAAUGUGUCGUGUGUCUCGAAGAGUAUGUGGAUGGGGUCAGCCAGGUCAUGAGCCUACCGUGUGGUCACGAGUUCCACGCGGAUUGCAUAACUCCUUGGCUCGUCACACGUCGCCGGACAUGUCCUAUCUGCAAAGGUGAUGUUGUACGCUCCUUGUCGCAGUCCUAUCACGACCGCCUCCAAUCGCCAUCACCGACACGCUCGGCUCGAUUUUUAGACAAUGUAGACGAAGUACAGACGGAAGUAGCAGAGACCCGCAACGAAUCUGCUUCGGCGUCACGGCCUAUGCCUAUCGCCUUGUCUCCGCCAGUCGAAUAUUCGCCGCCAACGGGCGAUGUUGAAGCAAACUGGUCUGGAGAAGACAGGCAACAAAGUGGAAGAGACAUUCCAGACACUAGGCCAGUUGAACUUAGCACCUCUUUGCGAGAUUUAAGCUCCACGGUCUCCACAGUCAUAUGGCGAGGCCUUGAGGCCGUGAGAAGCUCUACUGGUCUACAACGGCGCCCGCUACCAGAAGAUGUCGAUAGGGAUCGAUAA